GGCACGGUUUGUAGUCUACUUGUAGAAACAAGUUUUGUACUUUGGAAUACAAACGCCUUGUAUUGGAAAAUGCUUCUGUAUUUUGUUCUAUAGAAACGUUUUGUAUUUGCAAAACAAAUUGUAUUUGCUUAAUAAUCGUGCUUUUGCUUUUGCAUGUUUGAUGGUCGUGUUUUGAAUUUGCAAAACGCACUGUGUGACUUUUAUAAAAACGUGUUCUGUUUGUUUUCUCGGUUUGACACUAAUUUAAUUUCAUCGCGCAACGACUUCUUCAUUCCCAUGAGACGUUCAAGCGACACGCGGCAAAUACACUGGCAACUGUAUUUUUGCCUGUUUGCCUCCUUGUUGAUAGCUGCGGUGCUAAUCUAUCCCACAUAUAUCUUCUAAAAUCACUGUCACGCCGUCUGUCGUGUACUCGAUUGGUGACACUAUCAAUCAACUUGACCAAAGUACGUACAGUUUCUACUCUGCAGCGAAAUUUACAUAACUUCAAGUUUAACCUGUAUUACGUAUGUACAAACAGUAUUGAUGGAUCCAGCUUGGCUGCAGACCUACAGAUGGAUUGUGGAGAAUGGAGACAAGAGAACGGACCCAUGGCUGCUGGUCUACUCGCCCCUGCCGGUGACCUUCAUCUUCCUCUGCUACCUCUUCGUCUUAUGGGCCGGGCCCAGGUUCAUGAAGCACAGAGAGCCGGUGGACCUGAAGGCCGUGCUCAUCGUCUAUAACUUCACCAUGGUGUGCUGGUCGGCGUACAUGGUUCACGAGUUCUUGGUAUCCUCCUGGCUUUCGGGCUACAGCUUGCUGUGCCAGCCGGUGGAUUACAGUGACAGCCCACUGGCAAUGCGGAUGGCAAAAGUGUGCUGGUGGUUUUUCUUUUCUAAAGUCAUUGAGCUCUGUGACACAAUGUUCUUCAUCCUGAGGAAGAAGAACAACCAGCUGACCUUCCUGCACGUGUACCACCACGGCACCAUGAUCGUCAACUGGUGGUUGGGAGUGAAGUACCUGGCUGGGGGACAGUCGUUCCUCAUCGGCCUGGUCAACUCCACGGUGCAUGUUGUGAUGUACCUGUACUACGGCUUGGCGGCGUUCGGCCCUCACAUGCAGAGGUACCUGUGGUGGAAGCGCUACCUGACCCGCCUGCAGCUGACGCAGUUCGUCAUCCUCACCGUCCACGCGUUCUACAACCUCUUCGCCGAGUGCGACUACCCUGACCGCAUGAACGCGCUGAUCUGCGCCUACCUGGUCAGCCUCAUCGUGCUCUUCAGCAACUUCUACAUCCAAAGCUACCUCUCCACGAAGAAGAAGAGCCAGGCGUGACCUCUCGGGGAGCUCACUGUUUCACUCCGAAUGUACAGCGCGGGGUUCACCACUAAACCUGCAGUUUUACCCCCCGCACAGGGUUCAGCAAUAAACCUGCAGUUUUACA